CCUCUUUUAUAAAAGCAUAAUUUCUUGUCUUCUUCAUAGGGAGAAGAAGCAGCAGCGGCUCUGUUUUUGUUCAACACUCUGCAGGCUAAGGCCAAGGAGAGAACUCCAUUACACAGAAGAACUUCAUGGAUCUAAGCUUAGUUCCCUAUGUCGACUUGCCGGCCGCCGAGAAAACCUCCGGCGACUGCAAAUAUCGGGAGUGCUUGCGCAACCACGCCGCCGCAAUGGGCGGCCAAGCGUACGACGGCUGCGGCGAGUUCAUGGCCGGAGAAGAUGAAUCCCUCAAGUGCGCCGCCUGCGGUUGCCACCGCAACUUCCACCGCCGCGAAGGCUCCCCAACCCGCCCCCCGAUUCUGAAACCGAUUCUGAAACACGCAAUGGUACCGGCACCCUCGCCGGUCGCCUUCUUCCCUCCCCCUCCCCUUCCUUUUCACCAGAUCCCGCCGCCGGUCUCGCCGGAUUUGGGGCGAGGAGCUUCGGAGACGCCGCCGAGAAGGGAAGAGGGGCCGAUGAGGAAGAGAUAUCGAACAAAGUUCAGCGCGGAGCAGAAGGAGAAGAUGUGGAUCUUCGCGGAGAAGCUCGGAUGGCGGAUCCAGAAACACGACGGGGAGAAGCUGGAGGAGUUCUGUGUGGAGAUUGGGGUCAAACGGCAUGCUCUGAAGGUCUGGAUGCACAAUCACAAGAACAAUCUCUCGUCUUCCGCCAUCACUACCUCCGCCGCGGGGCUCCGCGGCCCCCCCCCCCCCCCCCCCGCCCCCGCCCCCCGCCGCUACUCCUAUCAUCCGAGUUUGAUCGGAUUCCGGUGGCAUUUGCAAUCUAGGUUCUAAAAUUCACUUUUUUUCUUAUCGCAUUUUCAAGAGAAGAUUAGUGAGUAGACUCCUCCGGCCGGAGUUGUUGAUGUUGGAAGAUGAACGGAGUUUCAUUUUUCUAUUAUGAAUAUAUAGGAGUUUUUAUAUGUCA